CUGACAGCAUAAAGAAAACUUUGUUAGCGCGUUGCUAACAAAUUUGUCUGUUCAGCGAUGUAAAUAAUGGGAGGCAGCACUUCGAAAAUCCCAUAAAAGUCACAUUUUAUUUAAGUGUGAGGCUAAUCGUUUACUGGGAUUCUUGUUACGCAGGAUGGACUGUGCUGCAGAUGACAGGGAGCUGUGCCAAUGGUCCAGUUCGAUGCUGACUGGCAGCAGGAGUGCUCUGAAGGCACGAGUUCAACAAUUUGUGGAAGAGAGGAUGCAAACCACGAUGCUAACAGGUGUACUGAUCGGAGCAGCAGUCGCUGUGGUACUGAUUGGGAUUGUGGUGCUCUUCUAUUACAGAAAAAUCAAGCUUGCUCGUGAGCAGCAGCCUGGUGUGCCCCAGUAUCGUUUCCGAAAACGAGAUAAAGUGCUUUUCUAUGGAAGGAAGAUAAUGCGAAAGGUUCAAACACUGUCCUCUACUCCUCCCCCCUCCUUAUCCUCAGUGUCAAAGCAACCACAGCGCAUACGCAAAAGAACCAAAGUUCUGAGCAUAGCUCGCAGAAUCUUGAGGAUCCGUAAAGACCCACCCACUCUGCAGCAUAAGGAACCUCCUCCAUCUUUGCUCGAGGCUGAUCUAACAGAGUUUGAUGUGCAGAGUUCAAAUCUUCCUUCAGAGGUUCUCUAUAUGCUAAAAAAUGUUAGAGUCUUGGGUCACUUUGAGAAACCUCUGUUCCUGGAGUUGUGCCGCCACAUGGUGUUUGUUGAGCUUCAAGAAGGGGAAGUGCUUUUCAGACCAGGAGAUGACGAUGACAGUAUAUAUGUGGUCCAGGACGGUCGACUUGAGCUCUGUGUUCAAGAAAAUGAUGGCACAGAGCCAGUAGUGAAGGAUGUUCACCCUGGAGACAGUGUCCACAGCCUGCUCAGCAUUCUGGACAUCAUCACUGGUUAUCCAGCUCCGUAUAAGACUGUAUCAGCACGAGCUGCAACUCGCUCCACCAUCUUGCGCUUAUCUGCUUCAGCCUUUGAGUCAGUUUUUAAGAAAUACCCUGAGACACUUGUUCGUGUCAUUCAGAUAAUCAUGGUGCGACUUCAAAGAGUGACCUUUCUGGCGUUGCAUAACUAUCUGGGCCUAACAACCGAGCUCUUCAAUCCGGAGAGUCAGGCUGUGCCAUUGUCCAAUAUAAACAGUGUGAUGUCUGAGUUCAAUUCUGGAAAAACGGCUCGUCGUUAUCAUUUCCAGGAUGAGUGUCCAGCUAUGACCAGUGAGACCACUUCAGAACCAGAUGGUGUUAAGGAUAGUCCUCUAAACAGCAGUAGGAGGUCGCGAUCUGUCUCUGCACCCACUGAUUGUGGAGGAAAUGACCUUAACAUGGCUUGUGAAAGAGCUCGUGUCACAAUAGAAGAGGCUCCAUCCAGUCCUCUUACUCAGAAAUUUUCUCUAAAGAAGAAUGUGACGAUGCAGCAAACUCCUUCUGAAGUGUUCCACUACACUGACAGCGGAGGGCAGUCUGAUGCCAGUAACAUUGGUAAAAGCAGCACUGUCCUCCAGGCUGCUAAGAAAGACUUCCUGGGAGUCAUCCAGCUGCAGGACCCCAGUUUACUUGAUGGGAGAGUGACCCUUCACCAUGUCAAGGCUGGUUCUGUUGUAGCUCGUCAAGGAGACCAGGAAGUGAGCAUCCAGUUUGUGAUCUCCGGCCUCCUUCAUGUUUAUCAGAGGAUGAUUGAUCGUGAAGAAGAAACUCGUUUGUUUGUGACGCAUCCUGGAGAGCUUGUGGGUCAACUCGCUGUGUUGACCGGAGAGCCUCUCAUAUUUACGGUUCGAGCCCAGCGAGACUGCAGCUUCCUCUCCAUUUCCAAAAACCACUUCUACGAGAUAAUGCGUGUUGAGCCAAAAGUAGUUCUGAAUGUUGCUCACACCGUCUCCAGGCGGAUGUCGUCUUUUAUCAGACAGAUAGACUUUGCCCUUGAUUGGAUGGCUGUGGAGGCUGGCAGAGCUGUUUACAGGCAAGGGGAAAAAUCAGAUAGCACGUUUAUAGUGCUGAGUGGUCGACUACGCUCGGUGAUCAGGAAGGACGACGGCAAAAAGGAGCUGAUAGGAGAGUAUGGCCGUGGUGACCUGAUUGGAGUGGUGGAGGCCUUGACCCACCAGAACCGAGCCACGACUGUCCACGCUGUUCGAGAUUCAGAACUGGCCAAGUUACCAGAGGGGGCGCUCAACUCCAUCAAGAGGAGGUUCCCACAGGUCGUCACAAGGUUGAUCCAUUUGUUGGGUCAAAAGAUUCUUCAGCAGGUCAAUGUUCCUCUUUCAGCUCGUAGCUUGGCACUCCACACUCCAGGGAGCAAGUGGGAUGCGGGGAAUCAAGCCUCCAACCUCUCUACUGUCACAGUCCUGCCUGUAUCAGAAGAGGUGCCUUUGACUACAUUCACCCUGGAGCUGCAGCAUGCCCUCAUUGCUGUAGGACCCACUCUUCUGCUAACAAGUGACAUUAUCAAGCAGAGGCUUGGAGCUGCAGCACUGGAUAGUGUCCAUGAGUACCGACUUUCCAGCUGGCUGGGCCAACAAGAAGACAUACAUCGCAUAGUUCUGUACCAAACCGACUACACAUUGACCCCGUGGACUCAGCGGUGCAUCCGUCAGGCUGACUGCAUCAUCAUUGUGGGACUUGGGGAGCAAGACCCUGCUGUUGGGGAGCUGGAGCGCAUGUUAGAAGGAAGUGCAGUGCGGGCCCAGAAGCAGCUGGUGUUGUUGCACCGAGAAGAUGGCCCUCCUCCCCAAGGAACUGUGAACUGGCUGAACAUGCGAAGCUGGAUCUCCAGGCACCUCCACCUCUCCUGUCCCAGAAGGGUCUUCUCUAAGAGGAGCCUCCCCAAGCUGUUGGAGUUGUACCAGCGUGUGUUUGAGAAGCCUGCAGACCGUCACUCUGACUUCUCCCGUCUGGCUCGUGUUCUCACGGGUAAUGCCAUCGCUCUUGUCCUCGGAGGGGGAGGGGCCAGGGGUUGCUCCCAAGUGGGGAUCAUGAGAGCGCUAUGUGAGGCCGGCAUCCCGGUGGACCUGAUCGGUGGGACUUCGAUUGGAGCGCUGAUGGGGGCUUUGUAUGCUGAGGAGCGCAGCCUCAGCCGCAUGAGGAUUAGAGCCAGAGAAUGGGCAAUGGAAAUGACCUCAACAUUUAAGAAGGUUUGGGAUUUCACGUAUCCUAUGUCCUCCAUGUUUACUGGUGCUGGCUUCAACUCCAGCAUCAGUAAAGUGUUUGAAAGCAAACAGAUUGAGGACCUUUGGAUCCCAUAUUUUAAUAUUACUACUGACAUUAGUGCUUCAGCCAUGAGAGUACAUACUGAUGGUUCUCUGUGGCGGUACGUUCGAGCCAGCAUGUCUCUCUCAGGAUAUCUGCCCCCUCUCUGUGACCCCAAAGACGGACACCUGCUGAUGGACGGGGGCUACAUCAACAACCUCCCUGCUGAUGUGGCGCGCUCCAUGGGGGCCAAGGUGGUUAUAGCUAUUGACGUGGGCAGCCGGGAUGAAACCAACCUCACUAAUUACGGGGAUUCGCUCUCAGGCUGGUGGGUGCUAUGGAAACGGCUGAACCCCCUCGCAGAGAAAGUGAAGGUGUUGAACAUGGCAGAGAUUCAGACCCGGCUGGCUUACGUAUGCUGCGUGAGGCACCUGGAGUCCGUUAAAAGCAGCGACUAUUGCGAGUACAUCAGGCCGCCAAUUGACAGAUAUCGGACUCUGGAGUUUGGCAAGUUCGAUGAGAUAGCUGAAGUGGGCUACCAGCAUGGCAAAACCGUGUUUGAUGUGUGGAGGCGGAGUGGCGUCGUGGAGAAGAUGAUGAAAGACAGGCACCAAGAGGAGACCUGCAAGACCCAAAACAAAAGCAAUGUGGUGACAUGUCCCAAUGCUUCCUUCACUGACCUUGCAGAAAUCGUGUCUCGCAUCGAGCCUGUCAAGCCUGCGGUGGUGGAUGAAGAGUCAGACUAUCAGACUGACUAUGAAGAGGAAGCAUUGGAGAGUGCACUUUCUGAUGUGGAGAUGUAUGGUCACUGCGGGGAGCACACCGAAGGGGAGGAGACAGCUGACACGGAUGAAGAACGGGAGGAGAAAGGAUUCCUCAGCGGGGAGCCUCCGAACAUCUCCUUCAGCCCACAAGAGCAGCGGAGGACGCCUACAAAUCUGUUUCAAACAAGCCAUUAAGAAAACACCCGUCUGAGCAAUAGCCAACAGGUCAUCCCAAUUAAUCCACUUUCCUUGGCUGAUCUCUCAUAUUGAGAUAUAGUUGAUGUGAACUCCUUAAAGCUUUAUGUGAAUCACAGCUGUUCAGUGGAAGAUGAAAGGACAAGUGAAGAAACUCGUAUUUCUGUGAAAUACUCAUUACUGAGGCAAUGUUAAGAAAAAGGUUGAUUCUGUCAUGAUUGACUAUUAGUUUAGCUUUUAGGUUUAAAGUAGUCAGGAAAUCACUGUCUAUUGUUCUUUUUUUUUUUUCCUGUGCAUUACCGCUGUUUACAAUGAUUAUUUAAAGAAAGCGCUCCUCUUUGUGGUCAUGUACCAAAAUGUAAACCUCAAACACACAUUUUAAAUCGAGAAGAUCUGAGGCAUGAAGGAAGACAUUUUCUGCCUAAUUCUACCUGAAAAUAUUUGUAUUUCCAGGCUAGUAAGAGUGUCUCAAAACAUUUAACCCUCCCAGACAAUGAUGAAGCAGUGGUUUUAUGUUGGUUGUUUAUUGUUUGUUUAGUUUUUUUAAGGGGUCUGAAACAUAAAAAACAAACAAAAAAACAGUACUUCAUGGAACCAAAUCAAUGGAGCUCUACAAGUUUUUAAGUUUAGCUAGUUUCAUUCAAUUGUAGUUUGGUAGGCACAAGUUAUGAUGACAUUUAUUUUCAAACAUGAACCAAAUUGCACCAAGCUAUUUGACUGCUGGAUAUAAUUUGAGUUGACCAAGUAAUGUUAUAUGUUUAGAUUAUGAAACUCAGAAGUUCAGGCUACUUUAAAGACCAGUUAUUUAUAUUUAUAUUGUUUCUCUGUUUAAGUUACCUACAUUGAUUGUUCCUAUUUUCAUGCUUAACAGUGAAACUUGCAUUACAAUAAGGAUUUGAUGUAAAUCUAAAAUUGUUUCUUCUUGAGGCAGAGUUGCUGUUGUUCGAAAGAAGAAAAUAACCACUGCUUAAAAUGAUAAGUUAUUGCUUUAUUUCUUUACAUUUUAUCCCUUCAUCAUGCAAGGAAAAGUACAUAAAUGUACAUACAGCAGAUCAGAGAUGUUUCAUCUGGAGCUUACCUGACUUAAUAUAGAUAACAAUGAUUUAUACAUGGAAGUAUUGAUUGGGUCACCAUAAAAAGUCGGAGCACAAACUGUUCAGGAAUUUUGUUAUGUUUUGUCAAAACUGAUGCAUUAACACAGAUAUAUGCUAACUUUAGCACAUGACCAAAAAUUGUAUCAGAAAAGCUGUUCAUCCUGUGAAUAAGAAAAAGUUUUGACAAUUGUUGCCAACAUGCACUCCAGGUUUAAGGACACGGGCAGGUGUUGCAAAAUGUUAUUAUGGAAAUAAAAUACCCAGAAACCUCUGCCUUAACAUAAAAUGUAUGCAUUUUCUCCCUGACAUAUUUUUAACAAAAGGGACACAAAUUGCUUUUCAAGUAACACAAACUUAGGAAUGCAGCACAAAACAAGCAGUAGACUGUCCAGUGACGGCUAUCGGCACAGUUUUGUUAUUCCCGACGUACCAGGGACUUGCAGGGGGAAUUAAUGAUGGAGGUCCACUUCAAAGCACGAGUUUCCCCGUUGGCUGCUCAGACAGUUUGUGUUCUGGCGUGAAUCUAUCAGACAUAGCAGCAGACAAUGUGACUUUGAAGUUCAUCUAAUCUGCAGACAGACUAUUAUAAUAAUUUGUUUUUACACACAUUUUUGAUCUUGACAUAUUUGCUAGGCACCUUCCUAGCCAAUAUGGACAUGUUUAAAUACUUGUAUAAAUACAAAGGUAAUGGCCCUUGUAUGAACCAUAACCAUAAGAAUUCCAACACUAAGGUAAUAUCAAACUCGAAAGCAUGUUCACGCCAAGUAUUAUGAUUUAUUUCACCCCCUGAUACUGUACACUACCCUGAAACACACUCUUUAAAGGGGUAAUAUUCACUACUGGUGCUACCAGUGCCUGCAGCCUUACAAAACAGGACAACCCCUGUUAUAAACACUAUAGAUGUGUUGUGAAUAUGUGAACACUGGAAAGAAAAAAAUGUUGUUGCUGGUUACCAAUGAGAUGAUGAUGUUUGCGUUCUUCUUUCUUUUUUCUUUGAAGCCUUGCACAAUGACUUGUUGUUUGGCAGGCGGAUCAACAUUUCACUUCCUUAUUAAAUGGGUCAUUGUAAUGAAUCAGCUGCUGAAGUAAUGAAUGGAGCCCUGCCAUGAAGUUAAUAUAAAACGCCUUAGAUGACCUAUGUGAGGAAAAUUACUUAUCAUGCACUUGUUUUACGCUCUUGUUAAUAAAAAUGAGAUUGUAUGAGGAUGUUUGUUUACUAACGAGCCUACAGAAUAUUGUCUAUAUAUUCGUUUUGAUUGAUCAGAUGUUAUUAAUAAACUUUUUUCUUUUCUCUUUAA